GGAGAUGGUGACAAGUACACUACCUUUUUGUUUGGUCUUCCCAUGUGAUCUUCUCUUGGAGGAUGUGAGAACUCUACUCUGGCUCUACACUCACACCAUUUGCAUUUGCAUUUUCAUUUGCUUCACCCAAUUUGCUUUCCUCCUUAAUUUUUCCUCGAACCAAAUUUCACAUAUUUCUCCACUUAUUAAUUAUAUUCCCCUUCCUUUUUUAAUUUCAUAUACUUCCAUAUUUCUUUCCAUUUUUACAUCUAUCCAUUUCUCUCUUUCUCUCUCCACCAUUAAAUCUCCAUCCUCAAAUCUUCAAUAUUUGGAAGUUGCACCCAAUAAAAAAUUCUGCCCAUUUACAAAUUAGGCAAAAAUAUUUUGUGGGUAUUUAUUACCAAAAAUAAUGUGAUGAAGAUGAAGAAAAAAAUACUCUCAGUAAGAUCUCUAUUUAACUCUAUUUUACCUUCAUUUUUGAGUUAUUAGUUUAAUCAAAUGAGAUUUAAUAUUAUGAACAAAUGUCGAUGAAGUCAUUAACCAGGAUUGGAAUUGGUUUAAGUAUUGUAUUUACAUGUUUAUUGUUAGCAUUAGUUGCUGAAAUUUACUACUUAUUAUGGUGGAAAAGGAGGAUUAUUAUGAAUAACAGAGAGAUUAAGGAGAAUAACAGAAGCAAUAACCCGAAACAAAGUGGGUUUUGCUUCAGAUUUUGCUGGAAUAAAUCUUACAAAUCGUCAAUCGAUUCGACAAGAGUAGCCGAUGCCCAAUUUCAACAAGAAAUUAACAAGCAAGAUUACUUGGUAAAACCAUUGGAAGGUGAAAAUGGUGUUUUAGAAGCUGAAUUGAUGAUUAUGGGUCCACCAAGAUUUUUGUUUACUAUAAAUGAAGAAACAAAGGAAGAUUUAUUGGAAUCUGAAGAUCGAAAAUCAAAGAGUUUGAAUGAUUUUCUUACUACUAAUAGUAAUGCAACAAUUUCUCCAUAUCUAACACCAAUUCCGUCCCCUCCAUUUUUGACACCGGUUUCGAAUCAUAAAAGUCAAAGUAAUGGUGGUUAUCAUCCAAUGUAUGAAGCAUCAAGUGAUGCUGAGUUUAACAGGAUGGUGAAGCUUUCGCCGCCCCCGAAAUUCAAGUUUUUAAGGGAUGCUGAGGAGAAAUUGCAAAGGAAACUCAUGUUCAUAGAAGAAGCAAAGUUGGAGAGGGAUUUGCACAAAGUUAGGGAGGAUGAAAAUGGGUCUUUUAUUUCAAUUGUUGUUGAUGACAAUAAUAAAGGGAAGGAGGAUAAUAAAGAUGAUAAACUAAAUCAUCAUUAUUAUCAUUUUUCAAAUUCUCAAUCAGGUGAUUCUUCUUCUACUUCUACUAGUUGUUGUUCUUCUUCUACAUUAGCUUCGUCAUCUAACAAAAAAUUCAAGAGUUUUUUGAUAAUGUAAUAAUGUAUGAUGAAUUAUGUUUAAUUUUAAUUUUUUUUUUUUCAUUUUUUUCAUUUUUUUUAAUUUUUAUUUUGUUUUACUUGUGAAAUUUUAUGAGUAAAUGUUCAUGGGUAUAAUUUUGGAAAUUUUCUUAAAUUCCAAUGGUGGCAUUGUGGGGAUGUUGAUUUUGAUUAUAAAUUGCAUUACUCACUUUAUUUUUAUUAUUAUGAUCCUUUUUCCAUCCCCUUUUUCAUAAUACUUUGGUGCAAUGGUUAAUUAUGUACGAAGUAUAUAAUUAUAUAAUUAUACGGUUAUGAUAUAUACAGUCCUAAGAAUCGCAUUUAUCAUGUUCUGUAAUUGUAUUAUAAGCUUCUUUUAUUUGUUAUGAGUUUAUGACAGGUCC